GGACGUGACCCGGAAGCAGUUUGACGUGUUUAUCUGUUCCACACGUGGGGAGCGAGCGUUGAAGAGCACACGCCAACAUGGCUGCGUGCAGUGUGGAAGAGCUGUUGGCCAGGGCUGAAGAAGAAGAGGCCCAAAAGCUCCGAAGCAUCUCCGUCCACAAAGAGCUGGACCUGGAGUUCGACGUCGGGAACCUGCUGGCGUACGACAAGAACCGCAUCGAGUCCCGCGACUUCAGGCAACAGAAGAAGGAAGACUUCCUGAAGGCUUUAGCUCGUGACAACACGCAGCUGCUCAUCAACGAGAUCUGGAAGCUGCCCACGGAGAGGAUCGAGGAGGCGAUAGUGGCCAAACUACCGAGCCCCGUCACGCCUUUACCCAGAGAGAAGCCGCUGCCGAAGCCCAAACCCCCCACAAAAUGGGAGCAGUUCGCCAAACUGAAAGGAAUACAGAAGAAGAAGAAGACCAACCUGGCGUGGGAUGAAAACGCCAAGGAGUGGAGGAGGCGCUGGGGCUACAAGCGGGCCAACGACAGCACCAAGGACUGGCUGAUCGAGGUGCCGGAGACCGCGGACCCAAACGAGGACCAGUUCGCCAAACGCGUCGCCGCCAAGAAGGAGAGAGUGGCCAAAAACGAGCUCAACCGGCUGCGCAACAUCGCCAGGGCGCAGAAAGCCAGGGUCCCGGGCGUGGGUCUGCUUCCCACCGCCGCCCAGUCCAAAGACGAGCUGUCCAGGGCCGUGAGCGUGGCCAAAACCUCCACGGCGUCCGCGGGGAGGUUCCAGGACCGGCUGCCGAAGGAGAAGCCGGCGAAGACGGGCAAGAGGCGGAAGUUCGAGCCGCUCAUCGGGAACUUCUCCAACGAGAAGCAGAGGCAGCUGGAGCUCCUGAAAAUCAUAGACAGCAAGCGGCCCAAGAUGGACAUCACCAGGGCCGUCAACAAACAGAUGCGGGAGGACGACCAGGAGCAGGCGGCCGGUAAACACAAGAAGAAGGGACGCAGAGGACACGCGCCAGGGAAGGGACGAGGAGGCGGUGGGAAAGGGAGCGUGCCAGGGAAGGGCCGAGGGGGAGGAGGAGGGGGGAAAGGAAAAGGAGGCAAAGCUGCAGGAGGGAAGAGGAGAGGGAAACCUGGCAAGCGCUGAUGAGACCUCACAUCCGCGUGCAGCUCGUCUCAUGCAAAGACUGCUUCACCUGUGGACGGUGAUUCAUGUGAAUGAGCUCCGGUGGAAACCGGGCGCUGUGUCUUUAAUAUGUGUAAUAAUGUGACACACUUUGAUAAAUUCACUCUUGAGACCUCAACACAUUAAAAACAAGUCAUUGUGCUCCUUCUCUGUAACUUAUAAAAGGUCAAAAUGACACAUCAGUGAUGGGUGUUGACAUGCUGCGAUGCUGAGUCGACCUCUCGGAUCAGUUGCUCAGAGGUUGAAUUUAUCUCAUUUGACCGUAUCAGUUUUGCAUAAAUAACUACUUUGCAAUAA